AAGUCAAACAACAAUAGUUACUGGUUCGCAGUGAUGAUGUAGCUCUGAUUGUAGAGGGAUUUUGAUUUCAUUUCCAUGGCGGCGCAGAUUCUAAGCAUAGGGCACCCAAUUUCAUCCAAAUCUCUACCCAUCGGAUCUUCUCUCGCUCCAUCAGAUGUUCAAUCAAUCAAUUUGACUCGCUGCCGCCGUCAAGAGACGAGCCAUAGUUGGAAUUCUCUCCAACGCGAGCUAAAAUCCGAUGGAAGAAUCUAUUGUCUAUUCUCCGAUAAUCGUAACAAGGAUCAAGCCAAGAAAGCCCUAGAAAGUGCACUUGGUGGCAAGAAAACAGAGUUCGAAAAGUGGGACAAGGAAAUAAAGAAGAGAGAGGAAGCAGGCGGAGGCGGCAAUGGAGGUGGAGGGUGGUGGCGCAGAUGGUUUGGUGGUUCAGAUGAUGAGCAUUUCUGGCAUGAAGCACAGCAAGUCAGUCUUACCCUCUUAGCCCUUGCUGUUAUGUUUCUGAUAAUUGCGAAAGGUGAUAUCCUGUUUGCGGUCGCCUUGAAUCCCAUACUGUUCACUUUACGAGGACCGAGGAACGGAUUGCGUUACAUAUCAUCACAAAUUCGUAGAAAGGUAUUUCGAUCACCUGCUGCUAAAUCUGAUGACGUUCCUAAACAAGAAUUAUAUGCUCGUAGUUCUGCCAAAGAAUCCGUUAUUAGCAAAUGGGCUAGCGAUUCGUAGCUUUCUAGUUUCUAACGGUUUCAAAUUUACCAUCGAAGCUUUUCAUUUCGAUAAGAACUAUGUUUAGCUUCUGCGGAAAAUGCUAAUAGUUAUGAGUUCCUUUUAUGAAAAACAUGAGAUUGCAUUCGAUAUUUGCACGGUACAACGAUCAAUGGAUCGGAAAGAUGUUCUCUU